AUGUGCUGGGAAGUAUCAACCCCAGAGCCCUCGCCCUCCAAAGAAAUCGACGCCAUAUUAGCAGUAACAAACGGUUUCCUUUCAGCACUGAACACCAAAUCCCGACUCGACUUCGAAAGGCACUGCGUACGUGCUGGUGGCAUGUCCCUCUCCCCUCCGCCGCCAACAUCUACAGCACUCCGUUUCUGCACAAUUGGCUCGUUCAUCGAGUACAUGGCAACUUUACAGGAUGACGUUGAUGAGCGUAUCUGGGAUCCAGAGGUCAAGGUGCAUGGAGGAGGCAAUCUUGCGGCUGUUUGGGCACCUUUCCGGGCGAAGAUCAAUGGGGUUGUGGAUCAUGUUGGUGUGGAGCUUUUUGUGUUGCACAAGAUUCAUGGGGAGUGGAAGAUUACUGGGCUGGCGGAUUCUUGUAUGAGACCUACUGGUGAGGAGAUGGGGAUGCAGUGA